AUGAGUAACCACGUUCGAUUGGCCUGUGACAGAUGCAGAGCCUCUAAGCUCCGCUGUCCGCGACAUGAGGUUUCGGAGCGCAACGCCUGCGACCGCUGUAUCCGUGCUGGCACUUCGUGCAUCACUAGCAGUGCGCGCCCUCUGGGACGGCCUCGUACGAAACAGCCAAUUCGUGGAACGAGCGCGUCCGUAGCUCGAGACCGGGUGGUGUCAUCGAAUAAUACCACGAGCUUCCAGGAACUCUCAACCAGCAUCAAUUCCGCUACAUAUGAUUUGGGUGGGAAUGUCAUAAAUACCUCACCCGAACUCCCAAACCUCCCAACUUGGCUUGACACGGGCUCUGAUUCUGGCCUCAAUGUCUUGAAUCCGAUCAAUGGCGACUUCAUCAACUACCAGGAACCAUCAUUAGGUGGCAUAUUUUCCCCAAGACUGUAUACGCCCUACGAAAACACGAAUGUGGAUCCUGCAUUGAUGCCCAUUAGGAGUGAAAACACCUCUCCGCCACGAACUCCUCAAACCGAUGCGAUAAUCAAAUUGUCGCACCUUGGUGCAAGUAUUGCCAUGCACAAGGCCGAGGCCGAAGCCUAUCCAUUAUGCAUUCCGCCCGGUCCUAAUCAGCGCCUCUGUGCCGAGACGUCGGACGAGAUAGAGAACAUCCCCGUGGUUCGGGCACUUCAGAUUGCCUCCGAAUUCAGUACCAUUCUCGAGUGGCUGGCAUCAAACCUAGUGUGCUCGUCCUCAUCUACCUCAGCAACAUCUUCUCCUCCUUCCGAGAAGAGCUAUUCGAGUUCCUCGCCAAGUGAGGUGGCAUCAUCAGCCCAGAAUGUCGCCCAUCCUUACACCAAACCUAUCUUACUCCUAAUCCUGUCGAAUUACAUCCAGAUGAUCGAACUCUAUAAUUAUAUCCUCGGUCGUGUAUGUGAGGUGAUAGGACAAAUUCGAGACACUUCUGACUUCUUCGAGAUAUCUACCAAGUUUCGUGUCAAUGGAAUUCCACCAAUGAAACCUCAAACGUACGUAAGUUUCAUCUUACAGGCCACCGCUGAGGACUUGCAAAGUGUCGAGCGUCUCAUGGGCCUACCAGAAGAGCUUCGCAUCUCACAGCACCAUAUCUCUCGCAAAGGGAUUUUCAGUGACGUGAAGUCGCGCUCUCUUCUGCGACUCGUGCUUGGUGAGGCUGAUUCGGAAUGUGGGAAAGACUCAGCGACUUCAGCCGUCACUUUCCUCAGAGAAACAUUGCAUACCUUGGACACGGAGCUUCGUCGCGUACGAUAG